GAAGUGGAUCUAGCAAAGCAAGAAGGAUUAAGGAUUGAAUCAGUCGACCCAUGCUUGCUAAAAAAUGGUUCGGAACACAACACGGGAAAUUUCGAACUCAUGCGAAGAUUGGACGAACCGAACCUUGUCGUGCGGCGUGGACAACCAUUCACCUUGCAGAUCAAGACAUCCAGAGCCUAUGCUGAGAAAGAUGAUGCCAUAUCAUUUAUUUUCACACUUGCAGAUGCAGAGAAACCAAAUUAUGGACAAGGAACACUCAUUGCUGUCCCACUUCUAUCGCAAGGCAAAAAUAAAGAUUCAUGGAAAGCUACCGUCGAUAACGUUCACGAUAAUUUCUUAACAGUUCAGAUAUCUCCCUCAGUGGACUGUGUCGUGGGAAAAUAUAAGAUGGAAAUAGAUUCAAAGCUUAUCAAAACUAGCAAAGCAGUUAGUUUUAAAUAUAUGGAUCCUCUAUACAUACUUUUUAACCCAUGGUGCAAAGAUGACACUGUAUAUAUUGAAGAUGAAGCAAAGAGGAAAGAGUACAUCCUCACCGAUACUGGCCUGAUCUGGAGAGGAAGCCAUAACGUUCUCCAGCCUUCUGUCUGGAAAUACGCUCAGUUUGAAAAAGACAUACUUGACUGCAGUCUUUAUUUAAUCAAUAAGGUUGGGAAAGUGCCGUAUGCCAAUACCAACAAUCCAGUUUUUAUCGCAAGAGCACUUUCAGCAGUGGUCAACUCACAAGAUGACAAUGGUGUUCUGGUUGGUAAUUGGUCAUCAGAAUUUGAUGGAGGGAAGAAACCUACUGAAUGGGUAGGAAGUAUGAAAAUUCUUCAAAAAUAUUAUAAGACAAAGAAACCUGUCAAAUAUGCCCAAUGUUGGGUAUUUUCAGGUGUUCUUACAACAGUUAACAGAGCACUGGGAAUCCCAUCACGUACCGUAACCACUUACUCUUCUGCGCAUGAUACUCAAAACAGUCUUACUGUUGAUUACUUUGUGGAUGAAGAUGGUAAAGUCAUGGAUGAACUCCAGUCAGAUUCUAUCUGGAAUUAUCAUGUUUGGAAUGAAGUAUGGAUGAAGAGAGAUGACUUAGGACGCGAAUACAAAGGAUGGCAAGCUAUCGACUCAACCCCUCAAGAACUGAGCGAAGGUGUUUUUUGUUGUGGACCAGCUUCGAUCGCCGCUGUCAAAAGAGGAGAAGUGUUACGACCCUAUGAUGCCGCCUUUGUUUACGCAGAAGUUAACGCAGAUAAAGUUUAUUGGAGAUAUGCUGGCCCAACUCAACCUCUUAAACUUCUUCGCAAGGAAACAAAUGGGGUAGGAUUGAACAUUAGUACGAAAGCAGUGGGAGCAUGGACGAGAGAAGAUAUCACUGACAAUUAUAAAUUUCCAGAAAAAACUGAUGAUGAAAGGGCCUCCAUGCUGAAAGCAUUGAAGCAAAGUGAAAGUCUUUUCAGUCGAUAUUACUUAAAUGAAGAAUUUAAUGAUGUCAACUUUGAUUUCAAGCUUCUAGAUGAUAUAGUGAUUGGUUCACCUUUCAGCGUGACUUUGGAGAUGAAAAAUCGAAACAAGACAAAGCAGUACUCUAUAUCUGGAAUUUUAAGAGUAGACACUGUACUUUAUACAGGAAAGGUCGAUGGUUCAGUCAAAAGAGAACAAUUUGAUGUUGACCUAAAGCCAGGAGCAGUUGAAACGGUUAAAAUGUCUGUUAAUUAUGACGAGUAUUUCAAGAAGCUUGUAGACCAAUGCGCGUUCAAUAUAGCAUGCCUUGCCACAGUCAAAGAUACUAAUUACGAAUACUUUGCUCAAGACGACUUCAGAGUUCGAAAGCCAGAUAUAAAAAUAAAGCUUGAUGGAGACGCAGUUAAAGACCAGCCGACCCAUGUAACUAUAACUUUGAAAAAUCCUUUACCGAUUUCAAUAAAAAAAGGAGAAUUUCACAUAGAAGGACCAGGCUUAGAAAAACAAUUGAAAAUAAAAGUUCCAAGUACCAUUGGAUCAAAAGAAGAUGCAAAGGCUGAUUUUAAGAUAAUACCUCCUACUUCAGGAAAAGGUGUCAUCGUUGCUAAAUUCAGUUCAAAAGAGUUAGAUGACGUAGAUGGUUUUAUUAAUUUUAAAGUUCAUGAAAAAACUCCUGCUAAUAACGGAGUAUCUAACAAUACCGUUGAAUAA